UUUGAACUUUGAACUACCGAAAAGCGCUGAUAAUGAUUUUUUUUAUCACACACAUCAUGUGACUGAAACUGCAGAUUGUGUGAGACACAAAUCGAACACUUACUGGAAAUAAAGGAUAAUAAUGACCAAAUCAAACAUGCACAUUGUGAUCCGGCGGUAUCAGCCCUCUGACCGGGAGGCAGUGGAAACCAUUUUCCGGGAUGGAUUAAUGGAGCACAUCAAUCCUGCAUUCAUGUAUGCCAUGACCCGACCGCUGCACAUCACUGUAAGCCUGUUCUUUUACAUCGGUGCGUAUGUGAUGAGUGGACAGUCAGUCGUUCUGGCCCUGGUGUCUGGAGGAGCCUGGAUUGGAUUUGUGUACUUCUGCUGCUACGAGUUUUACGCCAGCUACAUCCAGGAGAGACUGAACACUGACAUGAAGGACAUCCCAGGUUACUACCUCAGCAAUCCAGAUAACUGCUUCUGGGUUGCUGAGGCUGAGAUGGCCGGCCGGCCUCGGGUUUUGGGGAUGGUGGCUGUGGUAGGUAAAAAUGACCCAGGAAGUGAAGGGGAAAUGUAUGGAGAGCUUUACCGGAUGACUGUUUCAUCCACCUGUCGCCGUUCUGGUCUCGGAUUACGGUUGGCCAAAACUGCCGAAGACUUCUGUAAGGAACGCCGCUUCUCAAAAAUAAAACUUUCCACCACAUCUCCACAGAAAGCAGGUGUGGCAUUGUACUUUAGAAUGGGCUUUAAACUCAUCCUGGUUCAUACUCAAUUUGAGACUCCCAAGUGGAUGAUCUGGAUGACUAGAGCCACAAUUCUGAUCAUGGAGAAGAACAUCUGAUCAUUAGCUUCUCAUCUAAAGGCUUAAAUGCAAGAACCUGAGUUUUAUCAUUCUGAUUGAUGUGCUGUUUGUCCUUUAUAAUCAAAGCUGCAUUGUUACAUUGCACAUUUUAUAGACACUUUAUAGCACAGUUUUA